AUGAGAUUUGGAAAAAGUGGCAAGUUAAGUCCGAGGUACGUAGGACCUUCCGAAAUACUGGACAGAGUGGGACCCCUAGCGUAUCGACUGGCUCUCCCACCUAUUUUGUCAAGGAUACAUAAUGUUUUUCAUGUCUCCCAACUGAGGAAGUAUGUAUUGGACCCGAGCCAUAUUUUGGAGGAUCAACUCGUCGAGGUGAAGAAGAACUUAUCGGUGGAGGAAGUUCCAUUAAGAAUCGUGGAUCGGAAGGACCAAGUUCUGAGGAGGAGGACCAUACCCUACGUCAAAGUGCAAUGGACGAACCAUGCACCACGAGAGGCAACGUGGGAGUUAGAUGAGGACAUGCGAAAUAGGUACCCAUAUCUUUUUGAUCAAGAUUCUGAAGAGUAUGAAUUGGUUUACGUAGAAGACCCUGAGGAUGACUUCUAUUAG